AUGAUCAACCCUAUCAUCCCGAUGCAAGUACGUGUGCACUCGGAGACCGGGCUGUCAACGCCCGGCCCACGAGGGAGGGAAGGAGGGGAGGGGGGGCAACAUCGCUUUCAAUGUUUAAAGUCCGAAACAACAAGACGCAAGUCAAAGGAUGCAAGUACGCAUUCCAAAACGACAUCACCAAGCUUGACCGUCGGCCACGCCGAGAAACCUCAAUCCCAACAAGAAAGUAUGAGAGAACCCGGUCUGGCCGCCGUUGCGCGGCCAAAAGAAAGAGACUACCUUACGGGGUUUGGUACACUAGGUACUCGUAGGCGACCAUCGUUGCAAAUGUUAGAAAAGACGUGCCAAUGCCAAACUCUAAUAGCGACCUUAUCUCGAAACAACGUCACCCGUGGCCUAGGCAAAGGGGUUGCAACGAUACUCGCUCCCACACUCCGUACUGCAUACUUGAUGUAG